CGCUGUGCCCGCCGGCGCGCCUGCCCGGGACCCUGGCACCAGAGCGCUAAACAAGCCACUUCUGCAGAGCACCACUGAAAUGCAGACACCUCUGAAGAGAAGGACAGCAGCCAGUCUUGCAACGCACUUCAUGGCAAUGAGGAAGAAGGUAUGUUGGCACUUCUCUUUCAAUAAGAAGCACAGAUGCGUGGAAAUUAAAACUGGGCCCAAAGCCGCAACAUUCUGAACCACCUGAAAGUUCCAGGGUUCUGGUAAGGCCCAAUGCAGAUGGGGACCAGUUUGGUUUGGAUUUAGGAAGAUUUGGGUCUGACUCGAACCUAAAGAACAGGCUUCCAGGGGGAGCACCUGUGCAGCCACUGUCUGGUAGACAGGCAUGAGGGAAGAGGCCCAUUGGGAAGAGCUCAAUAUAUGCACUCAGCACCUGAGAAGAAUCCCAGAGGAAUCAGGGCACAGCUCUUACCAGGAGGGCGAGGGGAGUAAAGUCUGGCACACGCUGGUGUCAAAACAGGUCAACAGCGAGCCACUCUGCUGACAGCAACGUGGUAGGGAGAUGCCUGGGCGUUGGAAGCUCUUUGCAGCAUGCUAAGGAGACGUAACCUUCUCACCACACUCCUGAUCGUCUUGCCAUGGGCCCUGCUCCUAACCUUGUGGCAUCAGUACCCAGCCACUCGCUACCUCAUCCUGCUGAGAAAAGAGACCGAUGAAAAUGCAACUGCUAAAGCUCACUUCAACAGCACAUCCCCACUGAGGGAAGAAGGGCUCCCAUCAUGCAGCUGGCAGCAAGCCUCAGGGGUGGCUCCAAAAGUCAUCCAGAACUAUGUGUAUUCCCGCCCUCCCCCUUGGUCGGACACUCUCCCAACCAUCUUUGUAAUCACACCCACUUACACCCGGCCAGUGCAGAAGGCUGAGCUGACCCGGCUAGCCAACACCUUCUUACAUGUGCAGAACCUGCACUGGGUGGUGGUGGAGGACUCGCCCCGGAGGACCAACCUGGUGUCCAACCUGCUGGAGAAGGCAGGGCUCAAUUUCACACACUUGAAUGUGGAGAGCCCCCAGAGCCUGAAGAUGGGUGGAGCCUUUAUCCCAACCCACAAGCCAAGGGGGACAUUGCAGAGGAACCUGGGGCUGCACUGGAUAAGAAACAGCUUCAACAACACGCAGCCACCAGAAGGGGUGGUGUACUUUGCUGAUGAUGAUAACACCUAUAGCCUGGAGCUCUUUGAGGAGAUGCGCUAUACAAGGAGGGUAUCCGUAUGGCCAGUGGCCUUCGCUGGGGGUCUGAGGUACGAGUCUCCCAUAGUGAGCCCAGCGGGGAAAGUGGUGGGCUGGAAGGUGGUUUUUGACCCUAACCGGCCCUUUGCUAUUGACAUGGCUGGAUUUGCAGUCAGCAUCAGACUGAUCUUGGAGAGGCCUCAAGCCACUUUCAAGCUGGAGGGAGUAAAAGGAGGCUACCAAGAAAGCAGCUUGCUGAAGGAUCUGGUGACUUUGGAUGGACUGGAGCCCAAAGCAGCCAACUGCACAAAGGUUUUGGUCUGGCAUACCAGGACUGAGAGGCCAAUGCUAGGUAACGAAGGCAAACAGGGAUUUUCCGACCUAAGAAUGGAGGUGUAAAUGGAGAGACAGCCCCACGCUGGGCACAGGAGAGUGUACUGCCAUGAUGUGUCAACAGCAGCCUCCCACACCACCAGCUCUGCUCAGCACUUUGUUGAAACCUUGAAGGAGUGCCCAGGUUGUGACCAUGUCUAACAACAUCCUCACUGCCCCAGAGUCAGUAAAAACCAGUGAGAGAGCUUAUGUGGUGCCUUGUGACCAUACAGAAUUUCACCUUUGACUCUAUGUACUGGCCACCAGUCCCUCACUGCAAGAGCUUUCCUGGGUCCUGUGUUUUCAACCAUUUGUUGGAAGAUGACUUUAUCAGAUCUGUGUUGUGCCGUCUCUGGGCUGAAGCAACAGCAUCCAGGUUGUCAAGCCAGCAGAACAUUCAGUGUGAAUCCUGGGUCCCCAAAAAACAUCUGUUGCGAGGACAUGAAACUUAAGCUGCUGUAAACUAUGACAGUCCAGAGGAGGGAGAUCUCACCAAAGCACAAGGGAAAAUCCACCAGCAUAAGAUAGGGUUAUUUUCAAAACUCCAUGAAAGCAAAUCCAACUCAAGGGGGUGUUCCACUGAAGACUCAAUGCUUGGCAGAACUGUCUUUGUUUGAGAUGCUCUUGUCCAUUACACACACUUGGCUCAAGGUCUAAGUAAAAGCCCUUAAUUCUGCAUUUCGGGGCUCAAGGAGGCAUGUAGGCAUCUCCUCUGAGAAUCUGGGUGCCUCGCUGCUGAUUUGGGAACCUCAAAAGAGAGCUGGGUUUCAUGUUUGGAAACUGGGGUCACAGUGUGUCCUGUGCUGAGUUCUUUGGAUAAACACCUUCUCCCAUGCCAGGGAGAGAGAGGACUUUACCGCACCUGUGCUUAGGCUGCCUUGUUGUAUGAUCUCUCAGACACUGGAAAGCAGGGUGGACUUUAAAGCCCUGGCUCUGGCAUUGGAAUCCUUGUUGCACUAGUAUGAGCCAUGGACUUGAUAAACAGUCUUGGAUCAUAUAUGUGGAAUUCUUCUCCAGACUUCUCCAGAUUUUAGCGGGAGGACAGUGCUCAGUGGGAGGAACCGUAAGCCUCUAAUCAUCCUGAGUAAGAAGGUCCAAGGGAGAGAGAACACCACCCCCAAGACCCAAACCUUAAGGAACUGGAAGUGGGGAGUGAGUAAAUGGCAACCAAACAGCAGUGAAAGGGAUGAGGACCAAACUUUGAGAAGAAUGUCUGACAGGGUAUGCAGGGAAGAAACUGUGUCCAGAGCAAACCUCCCAGAGCAAACCUCAUUCCCCUGGAGGGGGCAGGACAUAGGCAUCCUGCAGAAAAUUGAAAGAAAGAAGAGGCAAUAGGAGCCGAUGCUGAGCAAGAUUUAAAGCACAAGUGUAUGUACAGUGUGUGGGUGAGGAUUGCUAUUCAGACUUCUACAGGAAGUCCUUGAACAAUCCUAAAAAUAUCCUUUGAUCACACCUUGAAAAUAAUUUUCUCUCACACCAUAAAAAAACAACUCCCUCAGCUCUCAAAAUGCAUUGAAGCUUUUCAGGGCUGGGGGAAUUGGAGGACAUCUUACGAGCAACUGAGCCACCCCCUCCCCAAACAUUUGGGCAGGCAGAUUUAUCUAUUUGUGACUUAUUUAAAUUAUGGUCCUUUUCUGCCUAUUUCCUGUUUUUUAGCCUGAAUCAUCUGACAUGUUUAUAAAGAAAGAGAUUUUUUUUCCUGUCAUCCCACACUCUUCCAGCUCUCACCAAGGAAUGGCAGAUCUUCCAUUCACUGUUGAAAUGUCAUAUGUUUCUUGUUCCCUGGGGUUUUUCUAACUCAGGUCUUUAAUCAGCAAAAUAAUCAGAAGCACAGUAAUGAGGGGAGUAAAUUAUAAGGGAAGGAAAGAUGCUUUAUGUGAGAACUACAGGCAGCGUUAAGAGUGUGUCAAGUUUUCCCACUCUUCCUGCAGUUGCAGGCUUGGCAGAAUGUGAGUAGGUGACUGCCCCAGACAGAACACACCUGCCUGUAGAAUACUGGGACGCUCCUGAGAAAAGACCCAUUAAAAAAAUACUUGAGGAGCAGCUAUGGGGCUUGUCCCACUCUCAUGAAAGCUGGUAGCAAAAUUUCCAUUGCUCGCUUUGAUGGGAGCAGGCGCAAAGGGGAAAGCGGAGGAGAGAUGAAACGUCUGAACAGAAGGCAUGAGAAGUAAUGUAAUGUGCAGCAAAUAGAGAAACAGAGAGAGGCCCUAGUUUGAGUUUGGAGGGUGUCGGGCCAAGGUCCAAAUGGGCCAAUGUUCACAUCACUAACAGGCCACCAUUUUGGCUAUCUCAUUUGGAAACGAAGAAGUGAAUAGGCCUUGGAGAUUAAACUCUUUGCUUGCUCCUAGAAAGAGGUCUUCCAGGGCAGGGUGUGGCACAUUGUAUAGUGGCUAGCCGGAAUUUAGAGAGAGAGUCUCUAGGGUCAUUGGUUGUCUGGGCUCUGUGAUCCCUCCCUCACCUAAGUGGGUGGGCCUUUCACUGUGGUAGGCCCAACCUACCAAUCCCAGUCAUCACAUAGACUGGCUCCUUUCACCAGCAUUAGGUUGACACCAGCAUUAAAAAGAGAAAGUGAUCGCCUUGGUGCCUCAUUAAUUUGUGUUAUUAAUGAAUGAGCAAGAGAAAGGAAAUAAAGGAGCUGAUUUAACAUCUUUCAUUUUUCCAUGGAUGAGGAUGUCCCUCCACUAAGAGGCCAGGGUCAUUGUCAAGAGGAAAAGGAAGUGACAUUAUUCAGUAAAAGCCGUUAAGGAGAAUUGUAGAAUCUGAUUAAAAUCUUGCUUAAGGUCCUAAGUAAAUCAAUAGAGUUGCUUUGAAUGGAAUAUCUAGUGAAUGUUUCCAUCUAGGUUCUUACAUGGCUCACAUCACCAUAGUAACUGAGCAUCACCCAGGCACUGCUGAUAUUUUAUUUUCACUGAAACCCUGCGAGAAAGCAAAGUAUUUUUCCCAUUUUAUAUGUGGAGACACAGAGAGACUGAGGGCAGCACUAUACUAUAAACUUCUUGCUAGCAUAGCUGUGCUGCUCAGGGGUGUGACAAGGUCUCAUCUCUCACUGACAGCUGUGCUGGCCACAGGGAGAUGCAAUUAUACCAGCAAAGCUGUGCUUCGUCUAGUAGAGCGUAGCUCACUUGGGAGGCUGGAAUGAGCAAUAUCAGCAAAAGUAUAAUUGUUACUCAUGGGAGGGACACAAAGGGGGGCACCAGCUAAAGGAGGCACAUAACCUCCUCACGUGACUGCCCCACCCACAGCCUGAGGCCCCCGCACUGUCCCUGUUCUCUCCCCCUCCUGCGUUACCUUCUGAGCCACACGGUUGUCCAGAACAGCAGCAGCGAAAGGAGCAGAACCUGGGGCUGCUGGGGUAGUGCCCCAGCCCUUCCACACAGCUGCAUCUGCUGGCAGCUGCUCAGCCCCACCGGAGCACAGGGCUGGGGGCAGUUCAGCUGUGCUGGAGCAGCUGCCUGUGCAGGGCCCUGGCUCCUGGGAGCAGCAGCCCCACGUGGUGCUCCUCUCACCAUUGUGGUUCCUGGAACAGCCCUGUAGUUCAGACUCUCCGGAUAACCAGAGCAGCAAAAGGAGCAGAAUGCUGGCAGCUUCUCCAGGGUAGUUGUUCCAGGUACCACCCUCAUCCCUAUCCUCCAGCAGGGCUAUACAGACCGUGGAGACGCAGCUGGGUGGAAGGGCUGGGGGCAGUACGACUGCACUGAAGGAGCUGCUGGCAUGGGGCCACCAUUCUUCUCCUUUCCACUGCGGUCCCUUGCUUAAUGUGGUCCUACCCCCAGCAUCUGUCCACACUAGAAACUCUUUGCCAGUAUAGUAUGCAAGAGUAGCUGUACCAACAAAGUGUUCCUUAAGUAGGCCUGGCCUGAGGACUUCUCUGCACUAGAAAGAUUUGCCGUUACAACUAUACCUGUGUAGUUAUGCUGGUAAACCUUCCUAGUGUAGACACAGCUUAGGCCACAGACUGUGUAACGCUGUAGGCCUGCUGCUCCCCUUGGCUGCAAAUGGUGAACUACAGCCAAAGGGAGCCGCAAGGCUCUGUGGCUGCGGAGCCGAUAAGUAAACAAACUGGAGCGGUCCGUUAGCAGCUUUCUCAAAGUGGGUCUGUGGCCCACUUUGAGAAACACUGGCCUGCAGCAAUGGAAGGGAUUUUUCCAUUGCUGUAGAAAAGCUACCUCUCUGAGCAAUAGUAACUAGGUUGACAAAAGCGUUCAUGAGAGAAUCGUAAAUGUAUAGCAACAUAGGGCUAGAAGGGACCUCAGAGAUCAUUAAGUCCAGCCCCCUGCACUGAGGCAGCACCAAGUAAAUCCCUCCAUUGGCCAAGCUGCAUCUACAAUGUGGGGUAAGGCUGGCAUAGCUACCACACUCAGAGCUGUGCAUUUUUGAGACCCCUCAGUGCCAUAGCUAUGUUGGUCUAAAUGUUAAGUAUAGACCGAGCCUUCUAUGACCAAAAAAAAAAAAUCCUUUUGCUGGCAGUUUAGACCAGUGCCUCUGUCACGAUCUGAGCCUCCCCUCAGAUCUACAGCCGUGUCAUCAUUGGGGUCAAGGCAUAAAUCUCCUUCUCCCCUGCGUGCUCACCCGCCCCUGCGUUUCUGUUCUUGAGGUCUCUGUGUCUUUCCUUUUCUUUUCUUUCCUAUUCGUUUGUGGCGCUCCCAGUGGCCGGCCCUACUGGACGCCCGCUACCACCAGGCCUCUGCCUAUGGCACCACCCAACGGAAGAGAGGGGGACCUGGGCCCUCCCUCACUCCAGGUCUCGACCCAAGACCCUAAGGACAGGGACACCACUCCCUGCCCGGUUGUUGGGGCAGCCGCCUUAACUCACCAACCCUCUAGCGGCCUCCUGGCUCCAAUGCUCAGUCCUGGGUCACUUCCUCUCCCUCGUCACGGCUCGUUGCUGGGCCUGGCUCCCAGCGGCUCUCCGUCUCCUUCUCCUGUGCACUCACCCCCUCCGGGCCUCCUUUAUACUCCCCACUGCUCGCCGGCACCGGGCCCCUCCAGCUUCCAGCACCUCUCCUGACGUCAUCCCAUGCAUCGGUGUUACCCCACAGGGCGGCUCCGGAGCAGGUGGCACACGUCUGCUGCGCGGCUACGUCUUCCCCGCAAAAAGCCGCUGCGGGACUUUUGGGGGUGCAGGGCUCAGGGACUGCCGCGGUGGCAGCCAUCCCCGUGGCCCCAUCACAGCCUCCCAGACUACUAUACCCUUCUCAGGAAUCUGAUUUGUUUUGUGUACCUCCAAGUUUCACCUCACAUAAAAACAACUUGCUUACAAAAUCAGAUAUAAAAAUACAGAAGUAUCACAGUACUGAAAAAUUGCUCAGUUUCUCAUUUUUACCAUAUCCGUAUAAAACUAAUCGAUUGGCAGGGCUCAACAAUUAAUACAAUCUACUCGCUCGUGGUGAGUAGAUUGUAACCCGGAAGAGCCGGGUUCGGGUGAUCUGCGCAUGCGCAGAUUGCCGGACAGCGUGGCUGGCGAGCGGGGCUCACCGUGGUUUGGUGAGCCCUGUCGAUUGGAAUAUAAAUAUGGCACUUACAUGUCAGCAUGUAAUGUAUUGAAUGGUAUAAAACAAGUCAUAGUUUGUAUGAAAUUAUAGUUUUUAUUGAUUUUUGCCAGUGUUUUUACGAAGCCUAUUGUGAAACUUGGCAAAUAACCAGGUGAGAUGAUGUAUACCCUGGAAGACCUCUGUGUACCCCCAGUAGUACACAUACCCCUAGUUGAGAACCAUUGGUUUAUGCCAGUCUCCCAAGAAAAAUAAAUUACACCAGCAAAAGGACUUUUCCAUUAUAUUACUCUGUCCUACAGGGCUUUUGCUGGCAUAGCUGCGUAGGCAAAAAUCACACCCCUAACCAACAUAGCUAAGCCUCUGUGGUGGAGCCAGUAGUUGCAUCACACUACAGUCUAGUCUGGGGUUUCAUAAUCACAAGAUCAUUUUUUCAGUCUGGUACCUAACAGACAUUUGAAACUAUCUAGUUGUUUCUUCAUAGAAGAUAGCAAGGGUGGCAUGCAGUGCUAGUAGGAACUGAGGUGCACACACAAAGGUGAAGGACUGGAAGAACAAGAGGUACCCCGUGUUAGGAUGGCAGCUUUUUGGGAAGAUCCCAAGAGCAGAACAACAGUGAGUGCUGCAGGUCAGGUUUGAGAUACAUAGUCAUAGUUGGGAAGGGUGGGAACAGGGCUGGAAUAACAAGGGAAACUGUGUGUCUGGCUUGCAGUGCUUAAAGGUGUGGGGAAGACAUCUCAGCCCCUAGAUUUACAUAGCAUAUGUUUAUGUUCUCUACAAUGCACUGGAUUCACCAAACAAUUAAUGCCAUUAACAUUUCCUGUUGUAAUAGCAGAAAAUAAUGUUAACAAGAGAGGGAGAAUGGCAAGGAAAUCAUUUGCAAUGGUGGUUUGUUUAUAAUGAAUGAUACUGGGGCAUUAUUAAAUGUGCUGUGAAAUGUCAGUACAGAACUGUUGGCCUGCUUACAGUGCAAGCAGCUGCUUCCUUCCAAGAAACAGGCAGUGACUUUGAAACAGAGAAUAAACUGUGGAGGGAGUCUCUGUUCUAAGUCAGAAGAUUCCCAAGGUCCUUCUCUUGAGUGAAGUCUUCACGAGGCAGGUGCAAGGAAAGAUAAUAUACAGUUUUCUUCCUGUGGGGCUGUGGAGGCUGGAGGUGUGAAGAGGUUGGGGGGUAAGAUGAAGGGAAAUGUGGUUACAUUGUUGAAAUUCCUCAGGUCAUGACUUCUCCACCUCGGCACGAUCAUAAGGUGAUAUAAUCCUCAAGGCUGGACAUCCACAACUGAAAGUGGCCCAUAAAGGAGCCGCUCAGAGAUGCAAACCAGAGUUGGCUUGCUUACUCCUAAGAAGCCUUCACUGAUGAACCUGACUUCACUCGGGGAGGGGAUAAUAUCAUUAAGGAAGUGGAUCAGAGGAAUAUGGAAGGGUAAAGAGACUCUGCUCUGAAGUACUAGAUGAAGCAGGAGGGAUCAGAAGAGGAUCCGUGGAGCUGAACACCUCUCCAAAAUCGUUCUCCCUUCAGUUCUUCAUUUCACUGCAUUUUGUAUCUGUUUUGGUUUACUCCACUGACUGCUCUAGGAGGAAGGCCCAUCUCAGGCCCCAGGGAUUGGCAAAGAAAUGCUAAAGCAGUAAAUCCCAAACUGUGGGCCACAGAGCACUUGGUCUAUGGUGAGCUGACUUCUUCCAUGGUUCUAACAUUCCUCAAUUUCCACCUGCUGCUAAAUCAGAUUAAAAUAAGUUAAAAUACAGUAACUACUUUCAUAAUGUAACUUUUCUCUGCAAGCAAUUGCUGUGAUUUCCCCAAGAGUGUUCCACAAUUGUAAAUCAGAGAGUUGGAUCAAGGCAACUGCAAACUGGAGAGGAAAGCUGGCUGGUGGUGGUGUGAAUGAGGAGGUUGAAGGUGGGGCUGCAUCCAUGUUCUCUGUAAGCUGUGUGCUUGUGCAGCUGCUCAAGAGAGAUU